UCGAAACGGUUCACACAUUGGUGGAAACAAGCUAAUAGUAGUGUUGUUCGGUUUGGUGCGAUAUCACCGGUCGUCGAUCGAUCGAUUAGGGCAAGUGCAGGCAUAAAACGCAUCUCUCCCCAACGGGCUACGGUGAACUGAUACCGACGGAUAGCCAAGAUGUACGGUGAAUAGUGCACAGUACGGGGACUAGUUUCCCUCCAGUGACAGAACGCACACAGUGACAAACCCGAAACCAUCGUGCUCAGGAGCAGUGUUACGAUACUAUCGAUACGUUGUGUGAGGAUCAAAGCUCCCCAAAACAGUGCAACAAAGAAAGCGCCCAUAGACAACGAGAGGCUUUUGUUUUCCGUUUUAAAAUAGAAACAAUUCAACUGCUGCCACGUGUGUGUGUGUGUGUGUGUACGUGUAUGUGUGGUAAAUGUUCUGCACCCUCACGGCGCUCGUUCUGCAGCUGUACAAGACGAAAACUCAGCGAACGAUCCAUCACUGUCAGCGGCCAAUCACGUUCCGCCAUGGAUUACAUCGGACGUACAAUGAACAUUUGUUUAAUUCUUUUCAUGAUAUCCAUUACCGGCAGCCAUUGCCAGUACUUCAGCAACCGUGAUAUCAUUCUGACGCCCCACCAGCUGAAGACGCACCCGGGCAAGGUUCUUUACUAUCGACCGCGUGAGCAGGUUCCGUCCGACGAGAAGCCCAACGCGACCGGCGGCAAUGGUAACGCGGUGCCCUGGGAAGAAGUGUUAAAAGAAACCGUUUUCCUAGCGCUGAAUGAUAACAAGACGAGCCUUCAGCAACAAUCUUCUGGAAGCACUGAAAAUGCACCGCUCCUAGCGAACCGGCAGCAGAAGGCGAUCUACAAUGCACCGUACAUCGGGGCAGUCGAUCUGACCGUUCCCCGCUUUGGUGACAUCGUCGAGUUGGCCCACGGUAGACUGGAGCAGGACGCCGCCGCCGACGAUUCGUACUUUUUCGUCCAGCAGCAGGACGGUAAGCCGGAGGAGCCGCUGCGCAACGUGACCGCCCUGUGGAAGGUGGAACGGAUUCGGCAUCGUGAUGAUCAGCGCGGACAUCGGUAUGAGCUGAAGUUCACGGUGGCACAGCCGUCCAAACAGGCUACGACGACGGCCAGCGAAUCGACCGCCACUCCGCUGGAAGGUGAACAGGAACAGGGAGGAGCAGCCGCAAGCAAUCGCACCUACAUCAUCCGUGACGAGGACUACCCGCGUUACUUUGGACAGCUGAUCAACUCCCCGAACGCCAUUCCCAUGCACCGGAAGAACGAUCAAAUGUUCGAUCGCACCUUCUUCGACAUGGUACAAUCGCAGGCUCCCCCCCAUCCGCAACCGCACCACCAGUUCGGUUCGUUCGCUCCGGCCACCCGCUUCUACCGACCGGCCGUCGUGCAGCAGGCACAGCAAACCAUGACCGUCGGGCAGUAUCUGCUGCAAUCGCUGCUGUCCGGUGGCGAGGCGCCCAAGUAUCACCACCAUCAUCAUCACUUUGUCCCCGGCAAGAUGGCGGCCAGCCCCGCAUACUACGGAGGGCUAGCGGCGGCCACGAGCAAUCGCAUCAAGUUCCCCGAUUCCUUUACCGGCUCCAGCCACUCGGUGCCCAAGUUCUACCAGCACAUCCACUUCCAGCGUCCCUCGAUCGCUCCCCUAGCACCGACGGCCCUUCCGGGCAGCUAUCUGUUCCACCAUCCGAAGGACUCGCAUGCCCCGGCCCCGAGCAACAUCCAUCACGACUACACCAAGCUGGUCGAUCUGCGCGGUGCGACGACACCGACGGGGCACGAUUCCGUCGAGGCGAAGCCAACAACCACCGUCAAAGCGAAUGCCGUCCAGCAGCAGAAGCCCUCCGCGCCUUCGCCGAACCUCAUCCAGCAAUCGUUCCAGGCUCAGAAGACGUCGCCCAAGCCCCAGCAGUUCCCUACGCAGCAGCAACAGCAGCAGUUCCACCAGCAGGUUGCAACGAUUUCCACUGCAACCGGACCGCAGCAGCAGCAGCAGCAGCAAACGGGCCCGGGACAGGCUCCGAACGCCCCUACCGCACAACAGUUCCCACCGCAACAGCACCUCAUCUACCGGCCACAGGUAUCGCCCCAACAGCAGCAACAGCAACCCAUUCUGAUUCAUCCCCACGCUCACCCGCAACUCGGAGGGCCUCCUGGCUUCUUCCCACCCUCGCAUGUCAUCCAAUCGAUCCCCUUCUACAAUCCCCAAGGCCAGAUGGUGGUCAACCACAUCCCGGUCAUGUCCAACCACCACAUGUUCCAGAUGUCCCCGCCGCAACCGAUCGCCAUACCGGUGCACGUACAGUUGAUCCCUCCGUCCCAGAACCAUCUGUACGCUGCCCAGCAGCAGCAGCAGCAGCAAGCACCGCUUCAUCCGCAUCAGCCGCAGGAUGGUCUUCAAGCCAUCCCGGUGCGUAUCAUGCAACCCAUCCCGAAUCCCGUCCACCUCUACUCGCCCGUCAAUCCCUUCCUGCCGCCGCUGCAAGCCCAGCAGCAGCAAUCGUUCCACCAUCACCACCACAACCCGCAUCACCCGAUCGUCACUGUGACGCCCAAGACAACCUCCUCCUCAUCCUCCUCCCCUACCACCACAAACUACCAGCACCAUCAGCAUCAUCCUCAUCCGGCUUCCCACGGCCACCAUGCGGGCAACCACACCCAGGUCGCGUCCACCGCAGGCCAACCUUCCCCCACGUCCCAGAAUCAUCCGCAUUCGCAUCCGCAUCCGCAUCAUAGCUCACACUCGUUUAAUGCCAUUCCCACUGUUUUCAAGUUCACCAGUUCUAAUGCGAUCCCACACCCACAGAAGACGACGACGCUCGGCGGAGGGCCCACGUCCUCGUCCUCCCCAACAGUGACCGCGCAGCAUCAUCGCUACAACACGCCGAACGUGCAGCUGAGCGGCCCCUCGAUUAGCCCUACGCCCGCCCACCGCCACCGGUACUCCACCGCCAGCGGAGGAGCGACGGGUGCCGGCGGCACCAGAUCGUCCCCAUCAUCGUCCUCCCCCUCCUCCUCAUCCUCCUCCGCUAGCUCACCGUCACCGACCUCGGCCACGCGCUCCAGCUCCCGCUACACGUCCGCGGUCGGUCAGGUCAGUGGUCCGACGGUCAGCUCGACCGUGGCCAACCAUCGCUACGCACCCCUGCCAACGGUCCCGGCUUCGCCCGCUGGUCUACGGGAGAAAUUCACCGCUGCGGCGUUCCAACCAUCCGCCAGCGAGUCCAAGCAGACAACCCGCAAGCUGGAAUCGCCGACCUCCAAGGUCAACAACAACAACAACAACCAGGCCGGAGUCACCGAUACCGUCGGAAGUCCGUCCAAUGCCGUUUCACCCAAAUAUGAAUCAUUUGGUGUCGAGAACGCCGUCACGCCAACGCCACCCGCCGAAUCCUUGCUGUCUGCCGCCACGCCCACCGCCAGCAGCUUGUCACAGAUUCACCACUCCCCCACCGCUUCGCCCGCUUCCCGCACCACCCUCGCCGGAGGUCCCGGUGCCUUCAGUUACAGCAAUUUUGUCGACGCCUCGGGUGCCGUCAGUGUCACCGCCAAGCUAACCUCCGAGCAGACAUCUUCCUCACCGCACCACCGCACUAGCAGCAGCAGCAGCGCCAGUACGGCAUCGCUUGCGUCUUCUUCUUCCGCUUCUUCUGCAGGUUCGCCUUCCCCCACAACGCCCAUUUCCAUCACCACGCAGGCCACCUACGUGCCGCCGCCCAAGUCCUACAUCCAGCAGCUAGGUCCCACGAUCGGUGUGAAGUAUCCGCCCGCCUUCAAGAGCAUGCCCUCGGUGACGAUCCUGCCGCCACAGAUUGAGACCCCGAUCGCGUCCACCCUCAAGACCUACCAGUAUCUGAACCACCACGACACGUACGAUUUCAUUCCUUCGCGCGUCGUCGAGCUGGCGCACGUCAAAAAGAUGAACGGUCAGAAGCACGGUAAGCGCACCAAGACACAGAAGGGACAGAAGAAGCCCAACGGUCCAAUGGCUGGUCCGGCAGGAGCGGGAAUGGGUCCCAAUGGCAACCACCAUCAUCACGUCACGGUCACGAGCAGCAAGCCGUUGCGCUUCUACCCCGGAGAUGGACCGGAAUAUGCCACGCACCGUCCCGAAGCUCAGCUCAGCGUUCAGCUGCCUCCGCCGGAGAAGGAUUACACCAUGACCUAUUACGGAACGCCCAAGCACAACCAGAAAGUGCAGCGACCCAAGAACUUUGUCACACCGCUGCAUUCCUACCAGAGCUCCUCGACUACACCGAUUCCGCCGCCGUCUGCCGUGACCGUCCCAUCAUCCUCGGCUCCUUCGGUAGUGUCCUCUGUGUCCUCGCCAGCCCCUGCAAGCGCUAGCACCACUUCCGCACCACCGCCACAGGUAACGGCACAGGGAGGCCGGAACGUAACCGUCUCGACGUUCCGUUCGGCCACUGCUUCCAGCACGGCCCAUUACUACAAGAACCGGAACGAAAAGUCGGACGAUCUUACCACCAUGGGCAUCACCACGAUGCGGCCCCGCAUGAUGCUCAAAACCAUCUACCGCCAGUUCCCGGGAUCGUUCGUGUCGACCUCGACGUCGACGUCCACGGAAAAGCCGGUCCAGAAGUGGGUACCGAAGCGACCGAGAACCAGCAGCAAAUCGACGAGCGGUGAGUUUUCCACAUCCACGCUUCCCUCUUCCUCGCUGCCGGUCAGUGGCGAACAGGCGGUUGCAUCGUCCGAACGCGCGAUUGACGUCGUCACUAAAACUCCGGUCGUGCCUGUCGUGCGGUCCAACCUCGAUCAGCAGAUGCAGCGCGUCCGUGCAUCGAGAGGACGCAGCCGAUACACGUACCGCAGAAUUCCGUCCGGCAAUCCGCCACCAAUCCCGACCGGUCAGCAGCAGCAGCAGCAGCACCUAACUGGCAGCAGCAUGCGGACGAGCCGCAUGCGAAACAGCAACUUCAGCUCCUCGACCACCACCAUCAAGCCCAUCCCCAGUGUAACCUCUUCCGUGUUCGACAGCAACCGUAUCGAUGGCCGCUCGUUCGAACAGCAGGAACGCAAGGCCGAAGAAAUGGUCAUGACGACGGCCACGGCCAAGAAUGCGUCGAAUGAAAAAAUCAAACGCGACACCAGUGAAGCCACGGACGACAACAAGGAAGAGACCGAUCGUACGACGGUCGCCGUAGCGGAGCAGCUCGUCGCCCAGCAGGCCGAACACAAGCAGGACGCGCUGGAGGUGACGGAGCCGGAAAAGGAGUUCGUUAUGGUGAAGGCCAACAUUUCGCCUCCGAUUGCCACGAACCAAUCGAAUAUGGUACUCUUCGAGGCCAGUGAUGCCGGGUCGUUCGAUGCAAGUAGCGGCCCUGCCGCUGUGGAAAGCUCGGGACGAUCGAUUGGUUCGGCUUUCGAUGAUCUCACGAUGUCCAUCAUCAACCACGCGAAAGCGAUCGUAAAUCAGACGGAAAAGCCCGCCGACCCGGCACAGGAAGAGCUGAGCGCUACGGAGCCAACCGUCGCACCCGCCGUCGCAAGCGGUAAAUCGAUCGAAAGCAACGAGAUCGCUCAUAAGGACGAGUACGAGCCGGAAACGACGGUUGAGGUGACGACGGCCGCGGCCGGUAGCACCAGCUCCCCAGUUACGGAAAGCACCGUCAGUGAAACGAUAGGCACCACCUUUGAGGAUGGCGUCGAAGGUGCUACUGCCGAUGAUGGGGCAAGCCAAACGACAGUGGCUGUCGAUGUUGCUUAAAGUCUGUAGUCAUACGUUGAACACACGAUGAUCAUGCCACGUUCAUGCAGAGCGGAAAAUGACCAUUCCCUCAAUUCCAUCCACUGAACCACUCAUCCAUCCCCCGUACGACACGUUCAUCUGAAUCAUCCGAAUUGAUCUGCAUGUAGUUUUAAACGCUCUACUCCCACCGCGUGCUCACUGGGAGAUGUUAAAUUAUUCUAACAUUAAUAUAUUAUUUAUCAAAACUGUGACAAGACAGAGGGCAGGGAGGGCAGAAACGAACCAACAGCAUCCAUACGAAAGGUGUAUGGGUAUAGCAGGACAAAGUGAAUGCAAAAGCGAAGCCAAAACCAACAACGAACACACCCCCAAACCGAACGAUCCAACCGAAACGAACGGUACCCAGCUGGCCCGCUGAACGGAGCAGGAUGCGGGGACACAGCGUUCGAGUCGUAGGAUACAAUUUUGUUAUUUUGUUUUUGUCAAAAUAAAGAUAAUUAUAGUGUAAA